UCUUCGCGAACGAGCUUGCGCCAUGCGCCGAUUCAAAUUUCGAAACUCGAAAACACGUUCCGAACGCGACAUACAUUGAAACUUAGUCUAAAUAGAUUACUGUGUCAAUAAAAAAAAACUUUAAAAUAUUAGCGAUAAAAUAAAUAAAUAAUCGUGUUAAUUCUGUGUGCGUGAGGAGAAGUUGUAAAUUACCUAGCAUUUAGUAUUUUGUUAAAAUCUAUCGCUUCGUUUAAUUGUUAUUAAGUGGUGAAUUUAACGGCGUUUUAGUGCUACGAAUUAUUCUCUUUCUUUUGGAUUAAAUAGAUUAAUUAAGCUAUUUUAUUGAACAGGUACCUAAGUGAACUUGAAAUGGUAUAACCAAUUUUAACUGCAAAGAAAUUUAGUACUUAAACACAUAAUACAAAAUAACAUAGUGUAAUAACGUGUAAAAUAAUGUGUUGAACAAUCUUUGAACUGAUUUGUGUGUAAAGUGAUAUAAAAUUUAAUUUACACUAAUGAUGUGAAAAAACAGUCGUGAUGUGGAUUGCUGCUCUAGUGUAUUUUUCCGCUCACUUGGGAAUGUCGGCUGGUGGAGGUGGUACCAGUGGGGACACUAUCGGUGGCGUUAUUCUGCCCAGUGGUGGUACUGUCAUGCCCAGUGAACUCACCUUCAUGACGGACAUUAAUGCGACGGUCUCCACAGAGAACAUGGGGCAGCCAUACUUCGAUAAUGCCACUAAACGUGACUACACUGCAGCCGUGGGGCAACCAGCUUAUUUGCACUGCAGAGUGAAGAAUUUGGCUGAUCGUGCGGUAUCUUGGAUCCGUAAACGAGAUCUACAUAUCCUGACUGUGGGAGUGCACACAUACAGCAGCGAUGCCCGUUUCGCUGCCCUCCACACCGACGGCUCUGAUGAAUGGACGUUGAGAGUAGCGCCUGCGCAGCCUCGCGACUCUGGCGCAUACGAAUGCCAAGUUUCCACAGAGCCUAAAAUCAGUUUGUCAUUCCGACUGACUGUUGUUGUGUCAAAAGCAGAGAUCCUCUCAGGGCCAGAGUUGUUCGUGCGAGCCGGUUCUGACAUUAACUUGACUUGUAUCGCAAGACACGCCCCGGACCCGCCAAGUUUCAUCUACUGGUACCGAGGUGCGCACGUCGUAAAUUAUGCUCAGCGCGGUGGAAUUAGCGUGGAGACAGAACAGCGGACACGUACCAGCCGUUUACUUAUAGCACGAGCGUCGCCGAGGGACUCUGGAAACUAUACCUGUGCGCCCAGUAGCUCCGAUUCGGCCUCCGUGGUUGUCCAUGUAGUAAGCGGUGAGCGACCAGCUGCAAUGCAAAGCAACGCAAUCCAGGUGACACCAUCACUGACAUCACUGAUAAUUCUUGUGGUAAAUUUGAAUCAAAUUAGAUCAAUCUUCAGCAAUAUAAUAGAAUAUAUUUUUCUUCUGACAGAAAAGAUUUUAAAAUAUUUCCUAGUAGCUGUAAAAUUUUUGUGGCUUAACCGCAUUAGAAGAUUUAUAACGAGAUGACCAAAAUAUGUAAAUUAAGAAAUUAUGAUGAAUUUUAUGUAAUAAGUACGAGAUAAGAAAAUUGUAAGCAAAAUCUGAUACCGUAUUAAGAAACGAAUUAUUGUAAUAAGUAUCCCAUUAUUAGGAACUAAUGGUAUUCGAUUUGCAUUGAUGUUAUUAAUGUUUCAUCUAACAUCAAUUGUUUACAAUACUAAAUGAAUAUUCCAAAUUAAAAUACUUAUUAUUUUGAUACAAGAUAGAAUAAAAAUAUGUUUAUAUUUAUCACAAUGUAACGCUUUGUAUGUUAAAAACUCUUUAUUAUUUUGAUUUGGAAAAGUCUCGAAACGAUAUCAUUUUUCUUAAGGUUGUGCUAAUAUUUCUUGUAAAUAAUAUUCUAAUUAUUAUCAUUAAUAACAGAUCGGCAUUAAUACUGUUGUAGUUUCAAUC